GUGAAUCAGUCUCGUCUGAGUACUCGCCCACCCGAAAGGAAAGAGCUUCAGCGAACCCACCAUGGGGGACACAAAGCUCUGCCUCGUACUUCUCCUCAGCGCCGUCGCAUUGGCCCAUGCUGAUGACGAUGUAUCAUGCCAGAUGGCCAAGAGGUACAAGCCUUUCCACAAGUAUGAAUUCCUGUAUGAAGCCGAGUCCCUCAACUUCCUCAAUGGAGCCGUCAACGGCCCCAAGGGAAGCUGCAAGGUUGAGAUUGACGUUCCCGGCCCCUGCCAAUACAUCGUCCGCACCACUGAGUGCACGCUCAGCGAGGUUGCUGACUUCGAUGCAGCUGGCGAGCCCGUCUUUGUCCCUGCAGCCACUACUGAUGCCUUCAAGGCUGCCAUGGAGAAGAACCCUCUGAAGGUCACUGUUGAAGGGGACAACAUCAUCAAGCUGUUCCCUGAAGACGAUGAGCCUAUCAACAUCCUCAACAUCAAGAGGGGAAUGAUCUCUGGCUUUGCUGUGCCUGUUAUGGAGGAAGAGAGGAACAAGAGGAUGCCCACCAUCUAUGGAUUGUGCAAGACUGACUACACCGUGAACGCCAGAGAGGACAUUGCCACAGAUGUCACCCUCACACGUGACCUGUCCAGGUGUGACCAGUUCAGGCCAGUCAGCGACUACACCAGCCCCCUGGCCCUGAUCACUGGCAUGCACUACCCUCUUGCCCAGCUGAUCAAGAGCACUCAGACCUGCAACUACAAGUUUGACAAUGCAGAGCACCACCCAGUGUUCGGUGAAUGCCUUGAGAACCACAUCCUGGUGCCUUUCUCCCACAAGGGGAAACAUGGAGUUACCAAUGUCAGCAAGCAGAAGGCCACCCUCUUGGCAGUCUCUGAGUACAACGAGAGAGUCUUUGACCCCGUUCUGGCCAAUGAGCAGACCCUGACCCCACACGCCAGUGUGGACAAGAGCCCUAUUCAGGACAAAGACGCCGCUCUCGCUCUCCUGAGGGAACUGGCUGGCCUGUCCAAAACCGAUGACGGACAAAAGAGAGCCCACCUGGCCCACAGGAUCGUGAGCAUGGUCCGCAAGAUGUCUGCAGAGACCCUGGCAGCUGGCGUGCCUGAGGCCUUAGAAAUCUCUCGCUCCCUGACCUACCAGGCUCUGUUCCAGUGCGGCACUCCCGAGUGCAGUGGUGCCAUCAUGCAGAUCCUCAGGACCUUCGACAGCUCUUCUAUGGAGAUUGACGCCACCGUCUACGCCAUGGGUCUGAUGCCCAACCCCUCUCGCCAGCUCGUCCAUGACAUGCUGGAAAUGGCCAAGUUCAAGCAGAGCAAACCCAUCUUCUACGGAGCUAGCAAUGCUGUCAAGAAACUGUACCAGGCUGAGGGAAAGGUCACUCCUGAGAUUGAGGCUGUUGCCAACUUUGCCUUGGAGCAGAUUGGAGACUGCACUGGUGACCAGGAGCACAUUUUCAUGUCCCUGAAGGUUAUUGGUAACAUGGCCGCUGCUAUGGGAGCUGCUAGCCCUGCCCUGAAAUCUGCUGUCAUCCAGUGUGUGAACCAGCCUGCUGCCACCCCAGAGGUUCAGCUUGCUGCCAUCCAGGCCUACAGACAGACCACUCUGCCUGAGGAGGGCAGACAGGUGCUCAUGCAGGUCCUUUUGGACGGUGCUGCCCCACUGCAGAAGCGUGUUGCCGCCUACCUGGUGCUGAUGAAGGACCCUCAGCCCUCUGAACUCUCUCAGCUGGCUGCUGCCCUGCCCAUUGAGGAGAACCAACAGGCCAAGAGCUUUGUCAUCUCUCAUGUCACCAACAUCCUGAGCUCCACUGCACCCGAGACCCAGGAGCUGAGGCAGAAAAUCCUUGAUGCUCUUCAGGGCAAUGAGGUUGGAACUGUCAUGGACCCAACCAAAUUCUCCCGCAACUACAAGGUCGGAUCCCUAGAGGGAAACAUGAUCUUCGAUGGAGCUAGCUACUUGCCCAAGGAAGUUGUGCUGGAUAUGGCCCUGAAUGCCUUUGGCUAUGAUGUGGACAUGAUUGAGAUUGGCAUGGAAGGCAAGGGACUUGAGCCAACUGUUGAGGCCCUGUUUGGUGCCAAUGGAUUCUUCCCUGACACUGUGAUGAAGACCAUUUACUAUGCUGCUGAUAGGAUGCCAGGCCAUUUCAGCCAGACUCUGAAGAACAUCCUUCCCUCCCUAAGGAACGAUAGAAAGAAGAGACAGUCUUCCCAGAAUCUCCUGAGAGAGCUUAGCCGCAAUGUCAACAAACUGUUCAGGGACCUGAAGGCUCAGGAUGCCCCUGAGGCCAUGGUCUACAUGAGACUGCUGGGAAUGGAACUUGGCUACCUCAAGACCAAGGACAUGGAAGAGAUGGCUUACUCCGCUGCACUGAUGAUUGACAACCUCCUGAAAAUGUUCCCCACUGACUUCAUCAAGGGACUGCUGACCAGUGCUGACAAUGAGCUGUUUGCCCACUACAUCUUCAUGGACAAUGAGUUCUACCUGCCAACCGGCCCUGGUGUUCCUCUGAGGGUUGCCCUGUCUGGUACCUUCACACCUGGAAUCAAGGGAGGAGUGCACCUUUCCUCUGACAUGAGUGAGGUGGCCUUCAUGCCAUCCGCUGGCAUUGAGUUUGUGACUGAGGUUGGAGCCCACUUCCCUGACUUUGUUCAGUCUGGUCUGGAGAUGCACACCAACAUCUACCACGAAAGUGGCCUGAAAGCCAAGGUCUCUGUGUCCAACAGCAACAUCAAGCUGACCAUCCCUGCUCCUCAGGGCCCUACCAAGCUCGUCAGCCUCACCAACUCCCUGGUGUCUGUGCAUGGUGCUGAGAUCAAGAGCAUCCCAACCACAGGAGAGAGAGUUGAUGUGACAGAGUGCACACCAGUCUUCGCUGGCAUGAAGUACUGCACAGCUCUGCAGUACUCUGAUGCUAUGCACACCGAUGAGUCUCCCUACUUCCCCUUCACUGGAGACAGCAAGCUUGCCAUUGAGCUGCAUCCUACCGGUGAAAUCUCAGAAUACAUUGCCAACAUUGACCAUUCCUAUGAGGACAAGACUGACAAAGUGACUUUGACUCUGAAGGCUGAAGGAGCAGCAGCUGAGGCCACAGCAACUGUGAAGUUCAACAGGCAGCAGUACACCGUUGAAGCUGAUCUGCAGAUCCCGGAUUAUGACCUGGAGGUUGGACUCAGGCUUGGCUCUGUCGACCCUAACACCAAGGGCAAGGCAACACACUCUGUCCAGAUUGACCUCGUCAACAAGAACAUUCCUCAAGCCUCUCUGGUUGCCCUGGCCAAAAUUGAGGGAAUGAAGGACGCCACUCUGGACCUUCAGCUCCUUGUGCCUGUACUGAAGGCUGAUGCCAAAGUCUCUGCACACCUCCACCGUGCCGAGGGCCUGACCCUGGAACUGGAAACUGAUGUUAAGCUGCCAGAGACUUCCUCUGCCCAGAAGAUUGUUCUGAAAUACGAUGCUGACAAACUGGAAGCUGAGAUUAAGUCUGAUGUGAGCUCUGAGAUCCAGAACAUCAUCCCCCACAUUGAUGAAGUCAAGGCCUCUGUGAAUGGUCUUCUUGAUGCCCAGAUUGGUCAGUCUGGCAUGACCUUCCGUGAUGCCCUGGCUAAAUCUGUUGAGACUACCAAUGCCUACCUGGAGAAGCUGGAGGCUGAGCUUCCUUAUGUGCAGAAUGUGAGGCUUCCCUCUCUUCCUGAGCUUUCUCUGCCCGAGAGACUGUACCUGAAUGCUGAGGCUGAUGCCAAAUACCACUUUGGCAAGCACUACUACACCAUUGCCAUUCCUCUGCCUCUUGGAGGAAAAUCCUCUGGAGACCUGAACUUCCCUGCUGCUCUCACCACUCCUCACCUGACUGUGCCCCAGCUUGGUCUGGAGGUUGGCUCUGUUGCCAUUCCUCUCCCCGAGGUCUUCAUUCCAGAGCAUGUGUCUGUGUCUGUACCUGUCCUCGGAAAGGCUGAAGUGUCCGCCAAGGUGCACAGCAACUUGUACAACCUAGAGGCCGAUGUUUCUGCUGGUAGAGAUCCAGUUGACCACCCCAGCUAUUCUGCUAAUGUGGAGCUCACUGGCAGCUGCCCUGUAGAUAUCUUCUGCUUCAAGGCUGAAGCAUCUGCACUGCUUGCUGGUACACCUGGUGAUUCCCUCAAGGCUGAAGUGAAGACACAUGUUAACCACAAGCUCAUUGAUGCCAGCGUUAGCAUUGUGGAGGUAGCAACUAUUGCUGACAAGUUCAACCUGAAGUCCAACAGCAAGAUUGAGGCAACCAGCCCUCUUGGUGUCCAGGUGUCUCUGGAGUAUCACGGUGAUGCUGGUCUGAACACAGAAGAGAUCUCUGGAAAUGGAAACCUGGAGGCAUCCCUCAGGGCUGGCCCUGUUUAUGGUGCUGCCACCAUCUCCCAGACGAUUGAAUUCUUCCCACUCAAGCCAGAGGCUAAGAUUGAUUCUUCACUGAAGAUCGAUUCCACCCUUGUCAAGGCCCAGAACACAUUUGUUGCUGCCUUUGCUAAUGGUGAGCUAUCUGCCACAUCUAACACCGUUGCAUUUGAUGACACCUUGCUGCACCAUGCUGAAGUCACCUUCAAGGAUUCCACACUGGCUGUGAAGUCUGAUACCAAGGCAGAUGCCCUUGGCCUUAAGAUUCAGAAUGUGGCUGAAGCCUCUGCUGGUGCUGGAGCUGUCAAUAUCAAGAUGGAAACAAGUGCUGACCAUGCAGAAAACCGCAUCCAUUCCCUUGUGACUGCAGUCCUGGACGUCAAUGGACUGGCUGUGAACAGUGAUGCUGAUGUUAAGCUUGCUGAAAACACUGCCACUCACAAAUCAUCUUUGACACUGAACAAGGAUGGCCUGACAACCAAUGGAGCCACCUCCCUGCAGAGCCCUCUGAAGCUGGAGAACACCUUCAGCGGUACCAUUGAUGCAUCCAAGGUUGACCUCAACAUUGACAUCAAGGGUGAAUUUGCUGACUUGCACUUGGAGAAUCACGCUGAGCUUAAGGCAGAGGCCUAUAAGGCUGAUCUGACCGGAAGCCUGAAGGCAGCCUAUGGUGAACAGGAGCUCAAGCACACUUAUGAAAUCAAGUAUGCUGACAUGACUGCCAAUGCCAAGUGCAGCACAACUGGUAUGCUUCUGGGCUCUCACCUGAGCCAAAACACUGAGGUAUUGGUUCCUGGACUUGCUAUUAAAAUUAGCAAUGAUGCCCGCUUUAACUCUCAGGUUCUCCGUUUUGAUACCACCAGCCGUGCCACAGCUGUCCCCUUCAGCUUCAACCUUGAUGCCAUUGCCAAUGCUGAUGCUGACCUGACCAUGUAUGGAAAGCACACUGCUCAAGUUUACACCAAGUUCCUCAUGAAGGCAGAGCCACUGGCAUUCGCACACUCUCAUGAAUGCAGAAUCUCUACCUCCCAAAACCUUGACAAUGGUGUUGCUAUUGAGACUGGGCUUGACAACAAGAUUGAAACCCUCCUGACUCCCUCUGACCAGAAGGCUCAUGUGACACUGAAGACCAAAUUCAACAACCAUGCUAUCAAUGAGGAGGUCAGUGUUUACAACAACCCUGAGAGGCUUGGCCUGGAAGUGUCAGGAGCCAUCCUGACCAGUCUGCUCAACACAGCUGACAGUGAGAACCAAGAGUUUGCUGUUUCUGGAUUCCUGAAGUAUGACAAGAGCACUUCUAGCCAUGUCAUCCACCUGCCUUUUGUUGAGAGUGUACCCGCUCUACUUGAAGAUCUGAAAAUUACCAUUGUGAGCACUGCAGAGGCCCUGCAGACUAUCAUCACCAGGGAGGACCUUGUUAACAAGUUGGAGAGUAUCCCCCAGCACAUCAGUGACUUUGUGAAGGAACUGAAUGUGGAGGGAAGAGCAAUCCAGCUCAAAGAGGACCUGCUAUCCCUUUCCAGAGAGUAUGUCAUCACCCUUGAAGACCUGGAGGCUACUUUGAUGAACCUGAGGGCUGCACUUGAGAAGCUUCUGACUGAUCUGGCUGCCCGUGUCAACGAUACCGUGAGACUGACCAAAGAGCUGAUUGCCAGUGGAACACUGUCUGAAACAGUUGUCAAGAGGCUGACUGAGGAGCUCAAUGCACUGAAUGAGGAAUAUGACUUCAAUGCCAUGCUUGUUGCAGUCAUUGAGCUUGUUGAAGAUCUGAUUAAGCAGAUUGAUCUGAUGAAACUGAAGGACAGCAGCAUUGCUCUCUUGCAUGACCUGGAUGCCCAGUAUGCCAUCAAAGCCAAACUUGAGGAAAGAGUGGGUGAGCUGAAACAAAUGAUUUCCAGCUUCAGCUUGGCUCAGUUUGUUGAGAAUCUGAAAAGCCUGAUUCUCUCCAUUGACAUUGAAGGUCUGACCAAUCAGUUUGUGGCUCAAAUUCCAACAGAACAAAUUAACAAGAUUGUAGACACAGUGAAAUCCCUGGUGACAGAAUUGGACAUCAUUGGUAAGCUGAAUGUAGUCUAUGCUAACGUGAAAACUGUACUUGUUAAAUAUGAACUUGACAAGACAGUUGAAGCGAUCCUGGAGAAGGUUGUUGAGCUCAUCAAGAAAUUUAAAAUUGAUGAGACUGUACAGGUUGUUACUGACACUUUGAAGACCAUCCACAUCCCUGUCACACUGGAAGAUGCUACUAACUACUUGAAGGCUACAGAGAUUAAGCAGGCUAUUGAGCACUUGAAUGAAUACCUUGAUGUUUUUGUGCAAAGUGUUAAGUCAUUUGACUACAAUGCCUUUGUAGAUCAUGCCAAUGAGAAAAUUACUGCUUACACUGCCGAGUUGAACACACUCAUUGCCUCUCUUGAGAUUCCACAGAAGGUUAAGGCAGUCAGAGAAUUUGUCAAUUAUGUUCUGUCAUCAUUGAGUGGCCUGUCUACUAUUUCACUGCCAGAAAUCAGCCUCCCAGAGAUCUCUCUCCCUGCCUUCCCGAAGAUCAAUCCUGAGGAUCUGAUUGACAUUCCUUUGACCAUCCCUGAGAUUAAGCUCCCUCACAUUCCCACUGAGCUGAUGGUGCCAGCAUUUGGAAAGCUCUAUGGUGAAAUCAAAGUGAACACUCCUAUUUACAGCCUCCGGUCUGCUGCUGAAUUCCAAAAUGCUCCAGAGAGCGAGACAACUCCCCAGUACACAGCCUCUCUGACUGCCCAAGGAUCUUCUUCUGUGUUUGAGGGACUGGAUUGCAACCUGGACUCCAGUGCUAGCGUGAAGUUCCCAGAGAUGAACCAGAUCAUUGUCGCUGAAACCCUGAAGUUCACUUCUUCCAUCCUUGCUGUUGACCAUGAGGCAACAGUGAGCCUCCCUCCCCAGGGCACUGCUAAGACCACUGUGAAGAUAACCACAUCUCCCAUCACAGCUGAGUUGGUCAACAAUGCAGUUAUUGAUGGUUUGUCUUUGGCUCUCGACACAACCUACCACCACCAGAUCAACAUUGCCCUGAUCUCAUACACCAGCGAAAGCCAUCUGUCUCAAAAGGCAGCUGCUCGUCUGGAAGGUCAUACCAUCACUCUGACCAUUGGGCAUGAGGGAACUACCAAGUUUGCCCUGCCUGACUACUCUGAUGAGGGAACACUCAAGAGUGACCUGCACUAUACCAUGGACUUCAGCACUGCCAAGUUGACAUACACUGGUGACAUCAAUAGUGCCAUUCUCAAGAUGAAGCAGGUGUUGAAUGCUGAUGCUGUUGUCCUCAGCUACCUUAACUUUGAUGCCCGUGUUGAAGCCGAGUCUCCAAUCAUCAAGAACAGCCUGCUCACCGCCUCUGGAAAGGCUGACCUGGGUGACUUGAAGGUUGAAAUCAAGGCCAAUCAUGACACAGAACUGGCUGGUGCUCUCAGUGGAACCCUGUCCAACUCCAUCCAUGCUAUGGUUAAGCCCAUUGAGGUUGUGCUCGACUUCCAUAACCAGGGCAAUGCCAAGGCCAACCUGGCUGACACACUAUCAGCUAAACUUGAUCUCCAGAAUGACUACUCUGUCACCCUGAAUUAUGAUCAUCAGCACAUUAACACCCUGGCCCUUGUCAAGCUUAACCAGUACAAGAUUGGUUACAACAUAACUGUUGAAAACAACCAGGCAGAAACUGGAGUCUACGCUGCUGUUGAUGCUGAAGCCAACCUUGACUUCUUGACUGUGCCCAUUAGCAUUCCUGAGCUUGCUGUGCCAAUCAUUGAUUUCAAGACCCCAGCCAUCAAUGACAUCAAUCUGUAUGAGCACACUGGUCUGAAGCACCUGCUGCCUUCCACUGAGCAGACAGUUGAUGUGGAUGCCAAGAUUGUGUACAAGAAGAGCAGGUUUGCUCCCCUUCUGGAUCUGGGCCUGAUUCACAUUCCUGCCAUUGGCAGCCUGGUCUCUGAAGCCUCUUUCAAGUCCUCCAUCAUCAACCUGAAUGUCAAUGCUGAGGUGUCUGCUGAGGAUGACGUUGUGAUCCGCAUCGGUGCCAUCUCUGCAUCCGUCUUUGAGGGUCUGAAGGCCAAGAUUGACGGUACCAGCAGCCUUACUACCAAGAGAGGUGUGAAACUGGCCACAACCCUUUCCCUGGAGAAUGCUCAUGUUCAGGCUACACAUGACAGCACUCUGAACCUGAAAACUGAAGAGCUGGAAGCUUCCCUUUCUGCUACAACUGAUGCAAAGGUGAAUCUGGCCAUUCUCACUGCUGAGGCCAACCAUCACCUGACAGCUGACACAAAGGAACAUCCCCAAGCAGCCUCUACUCUCAAGAUCAAGUACACCUUGGACAUCCCAGUCAUCAAGGCUGUUGGUUCUGGAGAUGCUGAGAACAGCCUGAAACUUGAGGCUGGUCUCUACUUCCUGUCCGUGGAAUCAUCCACAAAGGGGCACAUUGAUGGAACCAUCCUGGACACUGGUCUUGUAAAGGGAGCCCUGGACAACACCGCUAAUGGCUACCUGAACGAGAAUGGUCUUCGCUCAACUUUGAAGAGCAAUGGCAAUGCACACAUCAGCCAUGGAGACCUGAAGGUUGAGCUUGUUCUUGAUGAAGACAUUGCUCUUGAAGCAGGUCUGAGCCGCGUGUAUUCCACUGUGAAAAUUGACUCCAACAACGAAAUCAAUAUGGCUGCCCUGAACACCAAGGGAAAGCACUCUGCCAAGGCCACCAUUGACCUUUCUCCCCUGAGCUCUCUGGCUGCUGACGUGGAAGUUGAUCUUGCUCAGCCAAGCACCCUGGGUGAACUCAGCAUCUAUGACAAGACGGUUCUUGAACUGACUGCUGGAAAACAGAAGGCUGCCAUCAAUGUCAAGAUUGUCACCCCAGUGUACACCACCACUGCUGCUGCUGAAGUAGAGGCUGAAAUCCCUAAUGCCAAGGGAGCAUUCAAAAUCUCUGCAACAUCCCCUGUCGAGUUCCUGGUCUACGACCUGGAUAGCUCCAUUGCAUCUGCUGUGGAGAGCGCUGCUCUGAGUCUGACUGGCAAGGCUGUCCUCACACAUGCUGACCUGACUGUUGAUAUUCAGAAUAUUCUUACUGCAGCCAUGUCUGAUGAUGGUGCUUUCCGCCACUCUGUCAAUGUGGACAUCAGCAGCCCCACCUUCACUGAUGUGAACUUCCGCUAUGCAGCACGCAAGGAUGGUGCCAGUGCUUCCAUCUCUACUCCAUCCACUGGCUUCCUCGGACUUCAGCUCCAGGGCAGGGUCCCAUCCCAGCUGUAUGCUAGACUGUACAGUCGCUAUGCUUCUGCCCCCGAGAGUGAUGUGGAGAUUCUGACCAUCAGAGCUGCUGCCAAGGAUGGAGACAGGCUGAACCUGCAGGCUGCCUACAACCUGGAUGCCCCCAAGGACAUCAUUGCUGGUCUGGAGGAAAGAGUUCCUGCCAUCACCUCAACCCUGAUCAGCUUCUUGGACAAGUAUGGCAUCGUCAGCGCUCUUGAGAGCGUGAAAAACACACUCGUUAGUGUAGUCACUGAGGCCUACAACACUGCCAAGAGCCACGCCCCCGAGAUGAGCCAGCUGUCUGUCCUCUUCAGGGAUGUCGUUGUUCAGUACCAGAAGACCGUUCAGAUCCUGCUUGAUGCUGCCAUCAAGUUCCUGAGGGAGACCCAGAUCGAGCUGCCAGGAAUGGAGAAAGCUACUCUCCCCGAAAUUGUGCACAAGAUCACAACCAACGUUGGCACAGUGCUUGAGCAGCUUCUGCAGGUGAUCACUGAUAACCUGUACGCCUACCUCACACCAGUUGUUGACACCAUCAGCGCAAUCCAGGUGACCAUGCCCUCUGGUGAGGUUUUGACUGGAAGCCAGGUUCUGGACCAGGUGAAGGCCAUCUUGGCAAAGGUUGUGGAGAUUGUGAAAAAUCUGGAGAACCUUGACCAUAUCCUGGAGAAGGUGGGACAGACCCUCCAAGACGUUGUUGAGAGGGCUCAGGGCUUUGUCGACAGCUUGCACUCUGACAUCCUGGACACCGUUUCUGUGUACAUCAACACCCUCUACCACAACUAUCUCGCUGUGCUGAAGACCGUGACAGAGCAUGUAGACUCCCUGUUGAAUGUGCAGGAGGUUAACGACACCAUCAAGCACGCUCUGGAGUUCGUCAGGUCUGUGGUGGAUCAGAUCCUCACCCGUGUCACUGCCAUCCUGCCCCAUGGUGUGGAAAAUGUUUACUUGAGAGUAAGCGAUGGAAAGCUGGAGGUUGAGCUUCCAUUCGCCCUCCACCAGUAAGACGGAGUGCAAGUAGAAACCAAAGCUGCAAUCAUUCUUUGUAGGAGAAAAUAUGGACUCUUUAACAUUCUAAAGGGGUGAUAACCUCCAUGUAUUUAUGUCAGCUAAGCAACAUCUUUGAUAUGUGACCACUGUUAUUUUAUUUUGACAAUUCUUGCAAUGUGGUGAACACAUGUAUGAAUAAAGAUCAUCAUUGAUGAAGUAUUGCA